AUGUCCAUGACGAAGCGCAUCCGCAUCUACACCGAGGAGGACGUCUCCCGGCACAACAAUGCGUCUAGCUGCUGGGUCACUCGCAAUGGCAAGGUCUACAAUGUCACUAGCUUCAUUGUGGACCAUCCCGGAGGUGACGAUCUCAUUCUCAACUACGCUGGCAAGGACAUUGGCGUGAUUAUGAAGGACCCGGAGGAGCAUGAUCACUCCGAAUCAGCUUACAACAUGCUUGAGGAGUUUGUUGUCGGCAGAAUUGGCGUGGGCGAGACGCUUGUGUCUGAUGGUACGGUCUCCAUUAUGGUAUGGGAGGCCACCGACGAUUUUCACCCCGAAGAGACGGACCUGACUGCGGACUACGAGAAGAACGAAUUCCUGGACCUUCGCCGGCCGCUGUUCAUGCAAGUCUGGCGCGCCAACUUCUCAAAGUCCUACUACUUGAAACAAGUCCACCAACCCCGGCAUCUUGUCGAGUCUCCUCGUCUCUUUGGCCCUUGGUACUUGGAGAUCUUCACCCGUACCGCCUGGUACGUGGUACCUACCAUCUGGCUACCAAUUACAUUGUACCUGUUCAUCCGCUCCCUCGUCCAAUUCUCCCAGGGUGCCUACUCCCUUCCGCCCUUCACGGUCGAUCCCUCUGCCCCUAUCAAAGCCAUGCUGGCCGGGCGUAUUGAUCCGUGGGUGUUCGCCUACGCGAUGCCAUCCUUCUUCCUCGGGAACCUCGCAUGGACCCUCCUGGAGUAUAUCUUCCACCGCUUCCUCUUCCAUAUCGACGGUCUCCUUCCGGACACUCAAGCAGCGCUCACAUUCCACUUCCUCCUGCACGGCAUUCACCACUACCUCCCUAUGGACAGGCUCAGGCUGGUCAUGCCUCCUGUUAUGUUCUCCGCCCUCUCUUUCCCCAUGACGCGGCUGGCACACCUCAUCUUCCCCACUGCCAUGGCCAACAGUGUCAUCGCUGGCGCAUUUACGUUCUACGUCCUUUACGACUGCAUGCAUUACGCGUAUCCUCCAUCACAGCCGUCUUCCUCUUACAUUCGGGACAUGAAGAAGUACCAUCUUGCGCACCACUACAAGAACUUCGACCUCGGGUUCGGAGUUACCAGCAAGAUUUGGGAUUACGUCUUCAACACUGUCUUGACCCUGUAG